AUAAGCAAAAAAACAAAAAGAAAGGAGCAGCUCCGGAAAGUCCAAACCCCUUUGGCGGAGCAUUCAAUCUGUGGCAUCUAGCAAAUAAGCUCUCCUCUCCAACAACGCCUCGUUUUCAUCGACACCCACUCUCUUCAAACCUUCCCCUGCCUCCCCCCAAACCCCCAAUCUGUUUCUUCAUACUUUUCCUAUAAUCUAUUAUUCCUUCGUUCUCUUUCUUUCUCUGAGGAAUUUUAUCAAACAAAUUAACGCAUUACAUUAUCUUAAGAUUUAGAAGAAAGAAGAACUUGAAUUGUGGGUGAUCAGAGAAUGGAUUCUGCAGCUAUUACUUCUGUUUGCAGUAAAUCCCUUUGCUCAACUCGCUCUACUCCUGGUUUAUUCCUGGGGACAACAAGAGGCAUUAGGAGCUCCCAGUGUAGCUUCGUGGUAGGAAAUAAGGUGCAGUUCCCUCGGCAGAUUGCUCAAGCUUCUCGGCUUGUUUCUAAAUCUGGAAAAAGUGGUGGGGCUCUUGCCACUACAUGCCGUGCAGAGAAAAUUCUGAUAGCAAAUCGUGGAGAAAUUGCUGUUCGUGUCAUUCGAACUGCACAUGAAAUGGGAAUUCCUUGUGUAGCUGUUUACUCUACCAUAGAUAAGGAUGCGCUUCACGUUAAACUGGCUGAUGAGUCAGUUUGCAUUGGAGAAGCUCCCAGCAGUCAAUCGUACUUAUUGAUCCCAAAUGUAUUAUCUGCUGCUAUUAGUCGUGGAUGUACAAUGCUGCAUCCUGGAUAUGGUUUCCUAGCUGAGAAUGCUGUUUUUGUUGAGAUGUGCAGAGAACAUGGAAUCAAUUUUAUUGGGCCAAAUCCUGACAGUAUCCGAGUCAUGGGUGACAAAUCAACAGCAAGAGAUACAAUGAAGAAUGCCGGUGUUCCAACUGUACCAGGAAGUGAUGGAUUGUUACAGAGUACUGAAGAAGCAGUGAGGCUCGCUGCAGGGAUUGGUUACCCUGUAAUGAUCAAGGCUACAGCUGGUGGUGGUGGAAGAGGAAUGCGUCUUGCUAAAGAGCCUGAUGAGUUUGUAAAGUUAUUGCAGCAAGCUAAGAGCGAGGCUGCAGCUGCAUUUGGCAAUGAUGGUGUUUAUCUGGAAAAGUACAUUCAGAAUCCAAGGCACAUUGAAUUUCAGGUUUUGGCAGACAAGUAUGGAAAUGUUGUGCACUUUGGAGAACGUGAUUGCAGUAUCCAGAGAAGAAACCAGAAGCUGCUUGAAGAAGCACCCUCUCCUGCAUUGACACCAGAGUUACGGAAAGCCAUGGGUGAUGCAGCAGUUGCUGCAGCUGCCUCUAUUGGUUACAUAGGCGUUGGUACUGUCGAGUUCCUUUUGGAUGAAAGGGGUUCCUUCUAUUUUAUGGAGAUGAAUACUCGAAUUCAGGUGGAGCACCCAGUGACAGAAAUGAUUUCUUCUGUGGACCUGAUUGAAGAACAAAUUCGUGUGGCUAUGGGAGAGAAGCUUCGUUACAAGCAGGCACGAGUUACAAAUACAGAAAGUAUAAUACAUAAGACUCAGUACUUAUUCCCACUUAAUGUUUUUCAUUGUGGACAGGAGGAUAUUGUGUUGAGAGGACACUCAAUUGAAUGUCGUAUAAAUGCAGAAGAUGCUUUCAAAAACUUCCGACCUGGGCCUGGGAGAAUAACUGCAUAUUUGCCAGCUGGAGGUCCAUUUGUGCGAAUGGAUAGCCAUGUUUAUCCUGAUUAUGUGGUUCCACCAAGCUACGAUUCCCUGCUUGGAAAGCUUAUCGUAUGGGCUCCAACAAGAGAGAAGGCAAUUGAACGCAUGAAAAGGGCUCUUGAUGACACAGUCAUCACAGGGGUGCCAACUACAAUUGAUUACCACAAACUUAUCCUGGACAUUGAGGAUUUUAGGAAUGGAAAAGUAGACACUGCUUUUAUUCCUAAGCAUGAGCAGGAAUUGGCUGCACCCCAGCAAAUUGUACCAGCUACCUCGGUGAAGGAGUUGGCGAAGGCAGCUGCCUGAUUUGCUUUGUUGUUAGUUUGAUUGAGCUUGUUUACGUUGGAAUUUGCUUUCCCAGAGCAGUCCAGAUCCAAUGCAUUUUUUCCUUCAAUACAUUUUUACAUUUAGCGAAUUGUUUGUGAAUGAAAAAAUCAGUUUUGUUUUAGGAUUUUUAAAAACAAAAAUAGUACACCAAGGUUGUUCUCUAUAACCUAGCACAUUGUAACUGUAGUGUUUUGGUAUCAGAAAUUAGAUGAGAUCCCCCUAUUUUCAUCUUCUUGAGGUGGUGCAGAACAGUUUGAGAAGUUGGAUCAUUCGAAGAAAUUACAGACUGUUAUUUUUGUUAUAAACCGUUUGCUGUAUAUUGGUAAA